CUCGUUGCGCGUCGGCAUCACGAGAGAAGGACAAGUCGUGACAAAUUGAAUUAGCGUCAUGCGAGAUAAAUGGCGGAGAAGUCGAAGAGACAACAUCUCUGCUGGAAAUAAUGGUGUCCCUUCGCGCGUGUCACCUGCAACAUGUCCAGACCCGACGCCGGACAGUUUCCGGAUCACGGAUGUACAGUAGGGACCGGGAGAGCCACGCGUGUUGUCCGACGACGACGACGACGUCGCCGAGAACGAGAUGCGUUUUGCCCGCGGGAUAGCGUACGAUAAUAAAUAACGUUGCGCCCAAAUAUGUUGGCGCGCGGCGCGUUUUGCGCUCUGUGCACAAUUAUCAUAGUUUUCCUGGAAGUUAACGUGGCGGAAUGGGUGGACAUGCCGCAGUUCUCGGACGAGACCAAGAUUUACCGGAUACCUUCUGUACAGUACGACCAGUUUUACAAGUUUCGACGGGGCGGCGCGGACAACAUUGAUUUUCCCGGUGGUCAACGAAACGGUAGCGAGGCUUAUCAUCAUCCAGCUAAAGCCACGCGUGUGAUGCAAAAUAAGAGGACGGAGAUUGAGAAGAUUAAUUCCAUCUCGGUGUCGACAACGCCGGCGAACUUGUUUCCCGAUCAAAUCUCCGACAGUCUCUCGGGCAUCGGUACAAGUCGCACCGUGACGAUCGUCGACGCUGCGACUGAGAAUAAAUUAAAUCACAAAGACGAUGCAAUCUCACCGACAAAGGAUACAAUGAUUAACACACUUACAACUCAACCAUCACCGAACACCAAACAACAAACGUCGCGAGAUACAUAUGACAACGACACGUCGAAGCGGGACGACGGUAUAUUCCAGUACCUGCCCGUAGACGUGCUCAAAAGUGUUCACCGCACUUUACAAUCACAGCCGCAGUCGAUCGAGGGAAAGCUUCACUUUCUCAAAACGUUCGAGAAGACGCUAAUGUCGGAGAUAGGUAAUACUUGCCUCUUGACGCGCUAUCACGAUGCGACAGUAUCUCACGUAUCUUAUUCACCGACAGAGUCUCGCCUUACCACUACUAUGGCACCGAGUCGCAAAAUAAGAGGUGUCGAUUAUUACGGACACGAGGAUCACGACGACCAUUCUGUAGGAUUUCCUUCGAUAGAAGGCACACUGAUGGCCAUAUCGUUUCUCACGUUCGCAGUCUAUCUCGUCCGAUUAGUCAUGCUUCUCCUCCGGAAUAUUAACAUGCCCACGACCACCACAACCGUCUCCUCGGUAUUUCUCGGUAGAAGAAAACGAUCCGCCGAUCUCGACGACGACACCGCUAGGAUACUCAAUAACAUUAAUCUCGUUCCUGAUCUCUAAGUUGUAAUAUAAAAUAGUGUGUUACUGGUGGUGGGAAACACAGCUGGAAAAUGGGUGAUUCUAUAUAAAAAAAUAUGUCAAAAAUAUAAUAGCAACAUUUUUUCAUACAAAGCUUCAUUUUUGAGGAAAUCGUUGAAGUUAAAAGAAUUUCAAAACUUCAAAACUUCAUGUACGUUUAUAGAAAAGUUAAGAAUUAUCCGAUCGUAAUAAUGACGAUUUGCCUAUUUUUAAUCCGCUUCCAUGACAGCAAAGCAUUGUAUGAGAAAAUCUUACGGGAAUUUUUUAUCUCUUUCUUUCUCUACGUAAGAACAAUAGAGUUUCUCGAUUAUGGUGUACCCUGUAUAUCUGCAGCCGAUAUUAGAGCGGAAUGUAACAGCGACAUAUCAACGUAUAUCUCACAACUAAAAUCAAUUAAUCGUUCUUAAUUAGCGCCAAUACUGUUAGUUAGGCUAGUAUUCAUAGUCGGAUCUUAUAUUCAAGACUGUCUCAAGAUCAUCUCUAGAUACUCCGUAGCCAAUG